CCACCACCAUCAUGGAGGCCGAGCGUCUUUUUAAACAGGCUCUAAAAGCUGGCGAGGGUUGCUACCGCCGCAGCCAGCAGCUCCAACACCACGGCACACAAUACGAAGCCCAGCACAGAAGGGACACCAAUGUGUUGGUGUACAUAAAGAGGAGAUUGGCCAUGUGCUCCAGAAAGCUUGGCCCGAACAAGAGAAGCAGUUAAAAUGAUGAGAGAUUUAAUGAAGGAGUUCCCUCUCCUCAGUAUGUUCAACAUCCACGAGAACCUGCUGGAGUCACUGCUGGAGCUCCAGAACUACGCCGACGUCCAGGCCGUUCUGGCCAAGUACGACGAUAUUAGCUUACCCAAAUCUGCAACAAUAUGCUACACAGCAGCCUUGCUCAAAGCCAGGGCGGGUAUCGGACAAGUUCUCUCCAGAGGCAGCGUCCAGGCGAGGGCUGAGCACAGCAGAGAUGAAUGCAGUAGAAGCCAUCCACAGAGCGGUGGAGUUCAACCCUCACGUCCCCAAAUAUCUGCUGGAGAUGAAGAGUCUGAUUCUUCCUCCAGAACACAUCCUGAAGCGAGGCGACAGCGAGGCCAUCGCCUACGCCUUCUUCCACCUGCAGCACUGGAAAAGGGUGGAGGGAGCACUCAACCUGCUACACUGCACCUGGGAAGGAACAUUCAGAAUGAUCCCGUAUCCUCUGGAGAAGGGUCACCUGUUCUACCCUUACCCCAUCUGCACAGAGACGGCAGACAGAGAGCUGCUACCCAUGUUUCACGAGGUGUCAGUCUACCCGAAGAAGGAGCUGCCCUUCUUCAUCCUCUUCACAGCCGGUCUCUGCUCCUUCACCGCUAUGCUGGCUCUGCUCACACACCAGUUCCCCGAACUCAUGGGAGUGUUUGCUAAAGCUUUCCUCAGCACGCUGUUUGCUCCUCUGAACUUCAUCAUGGAGAAAGUAGAGAGCAUCCUGCCGUCCAGCCUCUGGCACCAACUCACCCGCAUCUGACCCUCGAACCGACCGACCGGACCAGAAUCAGACCCACGACGGGGAGCUGACCUCCAUCCAGACAGAAACAGCUGAACUGAAACCCAGAACGCUGCGUUGGACUGGACUGACACACCUUUGUGCCAAGAUUACCGAGUUCAAACCAAACUGAGAACAGACAACGUGGAAGACGAAGAGGAAGAGGAGGAGGAAGAGGAGGAGGAGGAGGAGGCAUGAAACAAAAAAAGGCAAAACAACGGGAAUCAGAAUUGGUUUUGACUUUAUUUGAUAUGUUUGCAUUUUUUUGGGUUUUCAAUUAUUUAAAGCUGUUCUUUUGUUGUACAAAAAAAAAAGAGGUGAUCAAUUGCCAUCAUUAAAAAAGUGAAAAGACAAAAAAAUACAAUAAAGGACUUUUUGUGUA